AUGGGGGAAGGGGAGAGUGCUUUUGGUUUGGUACAGGCAGCUCUGACAGUGGACGGCCUGAGUGUGAUAGAGGCAGCAGUGGCCGGCAUGCUGGAGAACAAUAGCGACAUCUUUCGGUGGAUUUUCCGACGCGGAGAGCUCUACAACUUGAACAGGACCAAAGGGAUCCCAUGCACCACCACACCCCCCACGCCAUGGAUGUUUGGACCCAGCCUUAUGGACAUGAUCAAACAGAGGAAGCCGAAAGGACUGUCGGGGAACCUGACCUUCGAUGACAACGGAUUCCGGAGAGACUACAGCCUCGGGGUGUUCUCUAUGGCGUUAGACGAGGGAGUACAGCAAAUAGCGUCAUCUUGUGUAUUGGUUAUCUCUAGCAUAAUCAAACAACAAUUAAUGACGUCUUCUUAUCGUUUUUCACGCCAUCUUGUCUUGACGCAGACGGAGCCGUUUCUGAUGAAGGCUGAGCGGAAGGAUGGAGAGCCGGUGCUUAUGGGAAACAAACGGUUUAAAGGUCAGUAUCCGGGCGCAUUAUUGGUGGUGCUUGGUGGUUCUUCGUCCUCAUCAUCAUCUCAUCCUACACAGCCAACUUGGCCGCCUUCUUGACCAUAGAGAGGAUGAUCUCACCUAUAGAGUCCGCGGACGACUUACUGAACCACCCCACCAUGAAGUACGGGGCGGUCAUUUCAGGCUCUACGCUACAGUUCUUUCUGAAAUCAGACGUGCCAGUAUAUAAACAGAUGGGAGGAUACAUGAUGAGUAACAAGGAGGUGCUAGUGAAGAGUAAUGACGAGGGCGUACAGGGACCCGAUCAACGUUGCCGUCCUGAAACUGAAGGAGGAAGGCCGUCUGUAUACCCUGCAUCAGGAGUGGUGGGUGGAGAAGGGCCAGUGCGGUGGGGCCCACGGGGGAAAGCAAAAGGUGAAACUGUCCCUGACACUCAGUAAUGUGGCCGGCAUCUUCUACAUCCUGAUCGUAGGUCUUGUUCUGGCCAUAAUACAGGGCGUGUUUGAGUUCAUGUGUUUCCGGGCCAAGCAUAAGAACUCUUCUGACAACAAUGCAGGAUACAUCGGCUUUGAGAAGUUUUACGUCGACAGGGGACAACGAUACAAAACAUGACAAGAUCUUGUCCCCAGAUGAUGGUGCGCAUGCCAUACGCACCUCCUGUGUUCUGUUUGAGCCCCUCCUGUUGAUCUCCCUGUUAUGACCAAUGACAGCAAUGCAGUGUGUGUGUGUGUGUGUGUGUGUGUGUGUGUGUGUG